UUCGGUAUGGGAAUCGGGACAAGGGUUUCGGUAUGGAAUCCCAUACCGAACCACCCCUAAUCAGAUGUAAUGUCCUAAAGCCUUACAAGAGGCUUAGUUAUACAUGCAAAAAGUGACGAACCACUCAAGUGCUUUUAAUAAAAAAUACAACAACACAUGCAAUGAAUGAUGGUGUUUACCAUCUUUACACCCUUUCACACAUCACCAGCUACUAGACACUUUCAACACACUUUCAGCUAGCACAAGGAGGAAACUUUAGUCUUUGUAGUUGCAGCAAGUGUGAAUACAACCUGUAAAGCAACUAACAGCUAGCAGCAACCAUUUACAACCUGUUUUUAUUUGUAUUUCCAAUAACAGCUUGGUGAUAUUUUUUUUUACUUGUAAGCGAUAAGUCCUAGGUUCGAAUAUUGUGAAUGGCAAAUUCAAUACUAAAUUAGGUUGCCCAUUAUGUUGCUUAGCCAAACUCUCCCCACCUCCCUUAGUGUAAAAUAUAUCAUUGUACUAUUAAAAAAAAAACCCCUAAGUUUUUAUUUAUUUAAUUAAGUUUUUUAUACAACGAGACUAUUCAUGAAAUUUGAACUUACCUCUCACGAUUACGGAUGAAAAAAAAUAUCAUUAAACUGUAGUUGUUUCGUAAAGAAUAUUAUGGCGCCUAUCCCUAGCUAGCCAGCUUCUGAAAUCAGAUGUAGAAGGCAUAGUGGAGCAUAUCCAUAGGGAUAACUACCUUCUUUUAUCGAAUAGUUGGUAUAGAUAGCAAAUUAAUUAAAGAUUAAUAUUAUUUAUUAAAGACUUUGGGUGGAAAUUUAUAUAUAGAUGAAAGAAAAUGAACAUAUUCUUGGAGAGGUUACUUGAUUCCAGAAGGGUUCAAAAUCAAUAAUAAAUCAAGGGAGAAUCCAAAUCAACAAAUCAAAUCCUGUAUGAAGGCAACAUUAAAACUUAAACAUUUACAGUUAAGUGUAAGUUAAACCAUGAUAUUCAUCUUACUUGCUGAGCAUUAAGUUAAGCAAUUUCAAUCUUUCUAGCUUUCUGGCUUAGGUUCCUUUUUUGGCAUAUAUAAUACAAGCAAUAGGAAAGUAGGGGAGAAUCAAAUUCGACACUCAGGUCUCGAGUUCAAGGGUAAAAGCUCUUAACAAACUGAGCAACAUACCUCUUCCUUCUAGCUUAGUGUUUAGGGCAAACUAUUUUUAGCUAUAUAGCCUGUGGCCCCUGUAUAUAAGUCAUGUCUAAGAACAGCGCCUACUAUUUUUACUAAUUAAUUAGCAUUUAGCAAAUCCUCAGAGUAAUUUAGUGACAACAUUAGUGAAUCCCAUUUCUUACUGACUGGGUCGUCCGAUCGACCGUUAAAAGACCAAUUUUCCAGCCAACCAUUUGCGGAAAAUGCUCCUCGAUGCAAUUUGCAUGCAUGCACAUCCAGACCAUCUCACUUCUCUUGCUUCUGUGUAUAUAUACUUGGCUUCCUGCAACCUCUUACAAAUUCAGUACAAGAAUUAAGAAGCAAAUCAACAUUAAUUAAGGAUCGAAAAACAACUAUGGCAAGCUUAACUAGUCUGUUUACCACCGUCCCCAAAUCCGGCCUUGUCGGAGCAUCCGUUGCAAGGAACGCCACUUCAACCCCUAGGAUUUUUUUGGCUACAGCCCCUAGACGUAUUCAAGCAAGUUCACAGCAAGAUGCAGCUGCAGAAGUCAAUGAAACUAGGAAUGCUGCUGAAAAUGUUUCGCAGACAGCCAAAGACAUGGCCAGCAAGGUGUCUGCAACCGCACAGGAUGUGUCUGAGAAAGCAAAGCAGACAGCACAAGAUGCAUGGAGCCAAGCUAAGGGCACCGCCCAGAAGGCGGCAGACACUGUGAUGGGCAAGGCCGACGAAUCCAAGGAAUUCGUCAAAGAAAAUGCUGAGCAGGUCAAGAAAAGCAUGAAUACCAAGAAAGAGACCAUAUAAUUCAUCCUGUCCCUUGUUCAUAUUUCAUGUUAACCCUCCUUUUCAAAAUUGUGUUAUAUACGUAUUUCCCGUUUCAAAUGUAUCCACUAUGGGAGAGAGACUUACCUACAUUACCGGACGCAUGGUGUUUUAGAUUAAUAACAUGAUGGCACGUUUUAGCCUCGUAUAAUUGGUCUAGAACACCACCAUCUUAGGGUUUCACGUAAGUCCUUCUCCUGUUGUUGAGAUAUUUUGUUCCUUUUUUCCUUUUGUUUUUUUAUUUUGUUAAAUUGGGAUAUUGUUCCUUACACUGCAAGAAAGUGUUUGGUCUCUCUCUCUCUCUCUCUUGUAUCAAAUGUAAAGGAAAUUCAAGUGUCAAUAAAUCCUUCCCAAUUAUCUGUACAAAAA